CGUGUCCAUGCCGUUCUAUACAGUGUACGUUCUUAUGGGGUACUGGAACCUGGGUCCCAUCCUGUGCGACCUCUGGCUGUCGGUGGACUACACGGUGUGCCUCGUGUCCCAGUACACGGUGCUUCUCAUCACAAUAGACCGAUUCUGCUCCGUGAAGAUCGCGGCCAAGUAUCGGAACUGGAGGACCAAAAACAGGGUAAUAUGGAUGGUAACUAUCACCUGGAUCAUCCCGGCCUUACUAUUCUUCAUCAGCAUUUUCGGCUGGGAGCACUUUGUAGGUUUCAGGGACUUACUACCAGGCCAGUGCGCGGUGCAGUUCCUCAAGGACCCGGUGUUUAACACGGCGCUGAUCAUUGGUUAUUACUGGACCACUCUCGUUGUAUUAUUCGUGUUGUACGGUGGCAUAUACAAGACAGCUUACGAUAUGCAGAAAAAGAGCGAGGCAAAACAGAGAAAGAUGCAGUCGAUGGUGGCACUGAGUGCGGGAGCCAUGUCUGGUAUG